GCACCGCCACCGCCCCGGCCCGCUCCGCUCCCUCCCGGCCAGCCGCCGCCGCCGCCACCAUGCCCGGCUCCAUCUACCAGCCCGAGGGCGGGCAGCCCGCCCGCGGCCCGCCGCGCUGCCUGGCGCUGCUCAGCCCUCCGCCGCCCGCCGGCCAGGAGCCGCCGCUGGAGCCCGAGCGGGAGCGGGAGGGGCCGCCGCCGGCGCAGGACGAAGCCGCCGCCCUGAGGUUCGCCCUGGACCACCUCUCGCUGCUGGGGCUGGAGGAGGCGGGCGAGCGCGGGCUGCGGGCGGCGGAGGCGGGCGGCGCGGGGCCGGAGGAGCCGGAGGCGGCGGCGGGAGGCGCGGGGCCGGGCGGCCUGCAGGCGCGGGAGCGCGGCGGCGGUUCUCCCCCGGCCGCCGGUGCCGGCUCUCCCCCGGCCGCCUUCGGGAACUUCGCCCCGCACCUGGCGGCGGCCGGGGCGCUGCUGGCCGAGCCGCUGGGCGCGCUGGGGAGCAGGAAGAAGAGCGUGAACAUGACCGAGUGCGUGCCCGUGCCCAGCUCCGAGCACGUCGCCGAGAUCGUGGGCCGGCAAGGCUGCAAAAUCAAAGCGCUCCGUGCCAAGACCAACACCUACAUCAAGACGCCGGUCAGGGGCGAGGAGCCUGUCUUCAUCGUCACCGGCAGGAAGGAGGAUGUGGAGAUGGCCAAGAGGGAGAUCCUGUCGGCCGCUGAGCACUUCUCCAUGAUCCGGGCCACGCGCAACAAGGUCAACGGGCUGGCGGGAGCCAUGCAGGGGCCCCCCAACCUGCCGGGCCAGACCACCAUCCAGGUGAGGGUCCCCUACCGCGUGGUGGGGCUGGUGGUGGGGCCCAAGGGAGCCACCAUCAAGCGGAUCCAGCAGCAGACGCACACCUACAUCGUGACGCCCAGCCGGGACAAGGAGCCGGUCUUUGAGGUGACAGGCAUGCCCGAGAACGUGGACCGCGCACGCGAGGAGAUCGAGGCGCACAUCACCAUGCGGACAGGCUCCUUUGUCGACGUCAACGCCGACAACGACUUCCACUCCAACGGCACCGACGUCUGCCUCGACCUGCAGGGCAGCCCGGCCAGCCUGUGGGCCAAGGCUCCCCACCCUGCCCGCCGGCCUUCGGCCGCCCUGCGCAACGACAGCCUCAGCUCCCUGGGCAGUGCCUCCACCGAGUCCUACUACAGUGCGCGGGUGGCUGAUGCCAGCCCCACCAGCCCCUACAGCACCAGCAGCGGCUUCACCUUCGGUGAGCCCCCGGCCCCGCUGGGCUCGGAGGAGUGCGACUUUGGCUUUGAUUUCCUGGCCCUCGACCUCACGACACCCACCACCAUCUGGUCGCCCUUCGAGCGCGCAGGCAACCCCUUGCAGGCCUUCAGCAGCUGCUCCUCCAUCAACAGCUCGCAGAGACGCAACAGCAGCACGGCCACACCACGUCACUCACCCACCCUGCCCGAGAGCGGCGGCGGCAUGGCCCUGGACCAUCCCUUGGCACGCCGCAUCCAGAGCGACCCUGUCAGCACCUUGUCCUGGCUGCCCACCCAAGGCUCGCUGUCCUCCUUCUCCAACAGUACUGGCUACUCCUCCUCCUCCUCCCUGCCCGGCAGCAUCUCGGCCACCUCGGGCUCCCCCACCGACUCGAGCAGCUCCGACGGGCACCGCAAGAGCUCGCGGGAGUGCAUGGUGUGCUUCGAGAGCGAGGUGAUCGCCGCCCUGGUGCCCUGCGGCCACAACCUCUUCUGCAUGGAAUGCGCCAUGCGCAUCUGCGGCAAGGCCGAUCCCGAGUGCCCUGCGUGCCACACGCCUGCCACCCAAGCCAUCCACAUCUUCUCCUAGCCGGGCUGGCCGCUCGCAGGGGCACCCGCGCCUGCCCUCCACUCCCCACCCCCAGAACGGCUUUUUAAAGGACUGGAAACUGUUUAAAACUCAACCUUUUAUUUAACGACGGAUCCGAGGGGCGCAGGG